CGAUGCAUCGAGUGCGCAAUCGAUUCUACUUCCAGCUCUGUCCCAGCGUAAAUAACUAUAAAUUUCGGUUCGGGUUGUUGUUCUUUUUUUUUCGUUCGUUAAUAGCACGCUAAAACAAAUAACCGAAGUUAGAGAUCCCCUCAAGCAUUCAAACUACCAAAAUGCUUUCGCUGCAGAACCAACGGCAACCGAAGACCACUCCUUUGGUGGACGACUACGAGAUCUCGGACACGGUGCUGGGCCUGGGCAUCAAUGGCAAGGUGGUGCAGUGCAGCCACCGUCGCACCAAACAAAACUAUGCCCUCAAGGUUUUACUGGACAACGAGAAGGCCCGCCGCGAGGUCGAUCUCCACUGGCGCGUGAGCGGCUGCCGGCACAUUGUCAACAUCAUCGAUGUGUACGAGAAUACGUACAGUGGGCGCAAGUGCCUGCUGGUCGUCAUGGAGUGCAUGGAGGGCGGUGAACUGUUCCAGCGCAUUCAGGACAAGGCGGACGGUGCGUUUACGGAGCGUGAGGCGGCCCAAAUAAUGCACGAGAUCUGCGAGGCAAUAGACUAUCUGCACAGUCGGGAUAUUGCGCAUCGCGAUCUCAAGCCGGAGAACUUGCUGUACACCACUUCCCAACCCAAUGCGAUUCUUAAGCUGACGGACUUUGGCUUUGCCAAGGAGACAUUCACCAAUGACACGCUGCAGACGCCCUGCUACACGCCCUACUAUGUGGCUCCCGAGGUCCUCGGUCCGGAGAAGUACGACAAGAGCUGCGACAUUUGGUCCCUGGGCGUGGUCAUGUACAUCAUUAUGUGCGGCUUUCCGCCGUUCUAUAGCAACAACGGCAUGGCCAUUUCGCCGGGGAUGAAGAAGCGCAUACGUACCGGCCAGUACGACUUCCCUGAUCCCGAAUGGACGAACGUCAGCCAGGCGGCCAAGGACCUGAUCAAGGGCAUGCUGAAUGUGGAUCCCAGCAAGCGGUUGCGCAUCCAGGAUGUUAUACGCAACAAGUGGAUUGCCCAGUACAAUGCCGUUCCCCAGACGCCGCUCUGCACGGGCCGGAUGCUGAAGGAGGGCGAGGAGACCUGGCCGGAGGUGCAAGAGGAGAUGACGCGCUCGUUGGCCACCAUGCGCGUGGACUACGAUCAGAUGCAAAUCAAGGCUCUGGACAAGUCGAACAAUCCGCUGCUGACGAAACGCAGGAAAAAAAUCGAGGAGAUAUAUGCGGGCAAUGCGACACGCAACUAAGAACGAGAGAGGGAGAGUUGAACGGAUAAACGUUGUAAAAUUGCUUUACACAAAACAAAAACAAAACUACUUAUACUUACUACUUCAACGACGACGACAGCAGCAGGAGGAGGGCCAGGAGGCGACAACAACUAGUACAACCUCUGCCAACUCUGCUCCAGGCUAUAUUACGUUACGUUUUUUUUUUGUCCCCCCCCCCAUUUUCUCUAUGUGUAAUCCAUAUUUCCAAGUCAAAGGUUCUUAGGGUAUUUUUGUGGUCUGAGAAGAGCAGGAAGCUGCACAAUUUUCGAUGCUUCGGAAAUGUUUUAAUUCCCACACACAUAUAUAUUUUAUAUAUUUUUUUUAAACAUUGACGUGACUUUGAUUAUAAUAAUGUAUAUGUAUGUAUAUCCGUGUGUAUAUGUAUGUAUGGUAUGUAUUUCAGGAUAAAGAAAACAAAAACAAAACAACAAAAAACUAUAAAUUAAAAUUAAAAAGCAAGGGAUUUCUGUGUUGGUUACAAUAACAUUUAAUUUAGCUAACUCUGCAAGCGAUAUACCAUUUUACCGUAUAGCGUAUUUUGUAGUCCUUAAACGAAACAACAACAAGAAAGCCUACAAAUAAAUAAUUAUAAAAAAACCAGCUAUGAUUUUUAAAUCAAAA